AUGGCUGGAGAGGCGGGUGUUUCUGACGUGGCAUCAGGAGUUCCCGAAUUCGUGAGCUUGCCGAAAGGAAUAGCGGUCGCUCGGCGCGCAGAGCUGCAUCCGUCCGGCAUCGCCCAGCAGUGCAGCACCACCUACCCAAUGCUCGAGUCCCACCUGAAGAAGAGCGGAGCGGAAAGAGACGGCCCUUCUUACUGCAUCUACUAUUCCUUCACGCCUGACCACACCCGCAUGGAGCUCGGCAUUCCCUUCAAGAUCUCCUCGCCAGACAAGACAGUUUCUGACGAUCCUGAAAACGACAUCAUUGUUGUGACCCCCGCUGACGUAAAGGCAGCAGCCGUGUGGCACAUUGGCCCAUACCAGAAACUGGGGAGCGCUUACAAGACCCUUUCUGAAUGGAUUCGCUCACAGGGGAAAUCUCCAGGCAGCCUCAUGUUUGAGGAGUACUAUACUGCUGAGGCAUGUGGGGCAGUGGGCGGAGGCGGAGAGGAAGAGGCGGUGCUCGGGGCAGGAAGAGAAGCUCAUGUGCCCGCUCAGUAA